AGCCGUCGCAAACCGUGGCGUCUCUCCGCUGGCUCUUCUUCGCUCAUUUGUUACGGGAUAGUGCAGUCGUGAACGUUUCGUCUAUUUUUGCCGAGUGUGUAUUUUCGAGUUGAUUUAAGCAUUUUAAACACGAUUCCAACUCUCAAUCGAUAUGGCUGGCGGCAAAGCAGGAAAGGAUUCGGGCAAGGCUAAGGCGAAAGCUGUAUCACGUUCAGCGCGCGCCGGACUUCAGUUUCCCGUUGGCAGAAUCCAUAGGCACUUGAAAUCCCGUACGACAAGCCAUGGGCGUGUUGGCGCGACGGCGGCGGUGUACUCGGCGGCUAUCUUGGAAUAUCUGACGGCUGAGGUUCUUGAAUUAGCAGGAAACGCAUCUAAAGACUUAAAGGUGAAACGUAUCACACCUCGUCAUUUACAACUCGCCAUUCGUGGAGACGAAGAGUUAGACAGUCUCAUUAAGGCGACGAUUGCCGGUGGUGGUGUUAUUCCGCACAUCCACAAAUCCUUGAUCGGGAAAAAGGGAGGUCCCGAAUAAUGAUAAUAAUAAAACAAAAUCAGAUAAUGAAAAAUUUCACUAAAACAGAAUAAGUUCAAUAUAUAAUUAAGAUAUAUAUUUUAUAAUUUUCUUCAUUGUGUUCAUAGAAAGCGAAAAAUCUUUUACAUCCAUUCUUAUUUUCUCGAAAUCUAGGGGAAAAUAACUUUUUUUUUUCAAUGGUUUUAAUGACUUUUAACAUGAUAUAAAUAAUAAUAAAUUAAGAUUACUAUCGGAGAAUAAAUUAAGUUGAAAACUUUCAA